AUGGCUGGGCAGCUGAGAAGUGGGCUGGAAAAGCUGGCGGCCAAUGUGGCGGGGUCAGACCUGGUGCAGCAGCAGCAGCAGGAGGCCCAGCAGCAGCAGGCAGCGGCAUGGCAGCAGCUUCAGCAGCAGCAGCAGCAGCAGCAACAGCAGCAGCAGCAGCAGCAGCAGGAGCAGGGCUGGCAGGACAAUCGUAUGUCCUGGAGCCAGGAGCACGGCCAGCAAGCCUGGAAACAGCAGCAGGGGGAGGAGCAGCAGGCGCAGCAGCAGCCAUGGGGGCAGCAGUACGUACAGCCUGUGUCCUGGGAGCAGCAGCAGCAGCAGCCGUGGGGCCAGACGCAGGAGCAGCCGUGGCCCCAGCAGCAGGAGCAUGCAUGGCCACAGCCGGAGCAGCAAGAGGAGUACACGCGUGACCAGCAGGCGCAGCAGUGGUCGCAGCAGCCCUAUGAGGGCCCCUGGCAGGGACAGGCCCAGCCAGAGCAGGCUCACGAGCAGGCGUGGCCAGACCCUGCAAACGGCGAAGGUCCAGCAGAGCCCCCAUCUCAGGACAACUUGCAGCAGCAGCAGCAGGCAGAGGGCGACCGGGAGCUGCAGGUGCAAGAGGCUGGCGCUGAACCUGCAAUUCACAGCAAUGCGGCGUGGAUGCAGGCCGCCAUGUAUGGCGCACACAUGGAUGCUUACAAUGGGGCCGGCGAGAGCCAGCAGGAGGAGGGGGGUGAAGCGCAGCGCCAUCCACAGGAGCGCGCGCCCGUCCCGCUGCUGCCGGUGCCGCCGCCCCCGACCUUUGGCCUUCCGUCGGGCCCGCCAAUCCGCGCCUCGACCGGCGGCGCAGCCGCGCGCGUCGCGACAUCCCCGCCCGGCCGCACGCCGGCUGCAUCCGCGGGCGGCGGCGUGGAUGGUGGCGAAGCGGAGGCGUCGCGUUUGAGGGCGCAGCUCGCGAAGCUCAAGGCGCAGAUGGUGGCGGAUUCUGGGGAGCGAGAGGAGGAGGCGGGCGCGCUGCAGCGGGAGCUACAGGAGUCCAGGGCGGAGGCCGCGCAGCUGCGGCGGCUGCUUGAAGAGGCGCAGGGCGCAGCCAGCGCCGCCUACGCCACUGCUGCCGCGGCCGCCGUGGGCCCGCCGCCGCCUCAGGCCGCGGGCCAGCCGGGCACGCCGCCGCUGUCGGGCGCGAGCGCGGGCGCGCUGGCCGGCCGCGGGCUGGACAGCUGCAGCGAGGAGGACGCUGCGCUGCUGGCUGCGGCGGCCGCCGCGGCGGUUGCUGUGAUGGGCGGCGGCGCGGCAGGUGGCGGCCUCGGGGGCCUUCCCUCGGCGCUGGAUCUCCCGGCCCCUGCUUGCGACGAGCCACUUUUUGCCACCUACAAGAGGAAGGAGGCGGCGCUCAAGAAGGAGUUUGGGAGCAAGCUCAAGCAGCUGCAGGCGCGGCUGGCGGAGGGCCGCGCCCGCAUCGCAGAGCUCGAAGCCGCCGCGCGCGCGGCCGAGGCGGCGACCGCCGCCACUGCUGCAGAGGGCCUGGACGCUGGUGACUCAGAACAGUUGGCCCCAGGAGGUGUCGGCUGCGCGCCAGCGGCAUCUGCAGCAGCGGCUGCUUCCGCGGUGCAGGGUGAUCUCCAGGCGCAGCUGUCCAGGGCGCAAGACGAGGCGGCGGCUGCGGCCAGCGAGCGCGACGAGGCGGCGGCGGCGCUGGAGGACGCCCGGCUGGAGCUGUCAGACCUGAGGGAGGCUUUUGACGACGUGCGCCACGAGGCGGCCGCCGCGGCGGCGCUGCGCGUGGAGGUCGCGGGGCUGCGCGCGCAGCUUGCCGCUGCGGGCGGCAACGGCGGCGACUUGUCCGCGAACGCGGCUGCAGUGCAUCAAGCAGAGGAGCUGCGGCAGCUUCAGGGGCAGCUGGUGGAGCAGGCGCGGGCGGCGCAGGCUGCGGCGGAGAGCCAUGAGCGCGCAGAGGCGGAGCUCGUGGCGCGCCUGCACGCGGCAGAGGCGGAGGCCGCGUCAGCGCGCACUGCUGCUGACGAGGCGCGCCUGGCCGCGGAGGAGGGCGCGGGCGCCCUCGAGCAGCGCGUGAGGGAGCUGGAGGGCGCAGCCGCCGCCGCCGCCGAUGCGGCUGCCGUGUCGGAGGCCGAGGCGGCCGCGCUGGCGCAGCAGCUGGCGGCCUCGGAGGAGCGGGCGCAGGCCGCUGCGGCGCAGGCGCAGGAGCUGCAGGAGCGCGCCGCCGCGCUAGCCGAGGGGCUUGCUGCAGCCGAGGCCCGUGCUGCGGCCGCCGAAGCUGCUGCGCUUGUGCAGAGCCCUGUUCCUGGAGAGCAGCAGCAGCAGCAGCAGCAGCAGCAGCAGGAGUGGCCGCUACCUGACGAGGCAGCGUCAGCGCUCAACGAGCGCCUCGAAGCGGCCGAGGCUCGCGCCGCAGCGGCCGAGACGUUUGUGCAGCAGUGGGAGGCGGAGGUGACUGCCCUUAGGGAGCAGCUGGCAGCCGCGCGGGAGCAGGUGUAUGCGAGCGCUGGUGACGUGGCGCGGCAGCUGCAGCAGCAGCUGGAUGACGUUCAAGCUCAGCGACAGCAGGAGUACCUCGCCUGGCAGGAGUGGGGCGCCCAGCUGCAGCAGGCCGCGGCGGACGCGCAGGCUGCCGCGCAGGCGGCGCAGGAGCAGGCGGCAGCAGCGGCUGCGCAGCAGCAGCAACAACAACAGCAAGAUGUGGUGGCGGCGGACUUGAACGUAGAGGGCGCUGCUGGCGAGCUGGAGGCGGCGCAGGCGGAAGCCGCUGCGCUGCGGUUGCAGCUGGAGGCCGCGGCCGCAGCGGCCAGCAGUAGCACGGACGUCAUCGGGGCCGAGCAGGUGGAGGCGCUGCAGGCGGAGGUUGCCGAGCAGCGGGCCGCAGCCGAGGCCGCCCGCGAGGCCAAGGGGGCGACAGAUGCCCUCGCUGCCGACCUGCAGACGCGGCUGGCAGAGGCCGAGGCCGAGCUGUCAGUCGCGUGCGCGCGGCUGGCAGAGAGCCAGGAGGGCGAGCGCGCGGCGCGGGUGUCCGACGCCGACGCGCAGGCGCACCUGCGGGAGCGCGAGCAGCAGCUGCGCCAGGAGGAGGAGCAGCUGGCUGUUCUGGGGCAGCAGCUCGCGGCGGCCGAGGAGCGCGCGGCGGCGUUCGCGGCGGACGCGGAGCGGCAGCGGCUGCGGGCGCUGCAGCAGGGCGAGGAGGCCGACGCCCUGCGCGCGGCGCUGGCGGCGGCCGAGGAGCGCGCGGCCGCGGCGGGCGCGCGGGCGGAGCAGGAGCACGGGCUGGUUGAGGCGGAGGAGCAGGAGAUCGCGGCGCUGCGGGCGCGGCUGGCCGGCGCCGAGGAGGCCGCAGCAUCUGCGGAUGUGCGGGUGCGGGAGCUGGAGGGGCAGGUGGCCGAGUUGCAGGAGCAGGCGCUUGCGGCCGAUGCACAGGCGCAGCAGCUGGCGGCGCAGAUCGAGGAAUUGCAGGCGGAGCGGCAGCGCGACUACGCGGCCUGGCAGGAGUGGGGCGCCCAGCUGCAGCAGGCCGCGGCGGACGCGCAGGCCGCCGCGCAGGCGGCGCAGGAGGCGCAGGGCGGCGCGAGCGAGGCCGUGGCGGCCGAGGCGGCGGCGCUGCGCGAGCAGCUGCAGCAGGCGGCGUCCACUCUGGCGGCGAAGGACGCGGCGGCCGAGGAGGCGGCGGCGGCGAUGAUGGCGCAGCAGGAGCGGCUUGCGGAGGAGCACGGCGAGCUGGCGGCGGAGGUUGAGGGGCUGAGGGCGCGGCUGGCGGAGGCGGAGGUCGCGGUCACGUCGCUGCGGCACGAGCGCGAACACUUGCAGGCCCAGUGUGAGGAGCAGCACCGCGCGCUGCAGUCCUUCGACUUUGAGAGGGCUCAGGUCGAGGAGGACAGGGCGCAGCUGCGCGCCGCUGCCAAGCGCGCGGAGGAGGCGCGCGCCGUGGCGGAGGACCGCCUGCAGCAGCUGCAGUUGAGCGGCGCAGCAGCGCAGCCCGGCGGCGGCGGCGGCGGCAGCGCAGCUGCGGCGGCAGCGUUGGAGCAGCAGCUCGCGGCGGCGCGGGAGGAGGCCGCGUAUGAGCGCCAGCGGGCCGCGGCUCUGCAGCAGCAGCUGGCGGCCGCGUCAGCGGCGGAGUCGCGACUGGCAGACGCGGAGGCGGCGGCGGCGGGGGCUCGGGAGCUGCAGGCGCGCGCGGCGGAGCUGGAGCGGCGCUGCUACGACCUGCAGGCGGCGCUGGACGCGCAGCAGGAGCGGGGCUCGAGCGUGUCGGGGCGCGCCCAGGAGCUUGAGGAGCAGCUCAUGGACGGCGCCCGCGCCCUGGCUGCCGAGCGCGCCGAGGGUGAGCGGCUGCGCGCGCAGCUGGCGCGGCUCAAGGAGCAGCUGCUGCGGGGCCAGGAGGACGAGGAGGACGCGCUGGCCUGGCGCGUGGAGGCUGAGCACCUUGCGCCCUCGCCUCUGACGGCACCCCAAACGCCGCACCACUCGGUGGCGCAGGUGCGCGCCGCCAAGGAGGAGGGCGCGCGCCGCGAGGCCGAGCUCCUGCGCCAACUCGAGGACGCCCGCGCCGCCGCCGCGUCUGACGGCGGCGCGUCGCUGCAGGACCUGCUGGCUGCGCGCGAGGCCGAGCUGUCAAACCUGCAGUCCGCGCUGGGGGAGAUGGCGUUCGAGGUGGAAGCCGCAGAGAAGCUGAGAGGGGAGCUGAGGCGCGCUAAAGAGGGCGCGGAGGCGGCGGCGCGGGAGCGGGAGGCGGCGCAGGGCCAGCUGGAUGCCGCGGCGCGCGAGCGCGAGGAGCUGUCGGCGUCCCUGGCCAAGCAGGCCGCGCAGCUCGACUCUGCCCGCGAAGCGCAGGCGCGCACCGCGGCGGAGGCCGCCAUGCUGCGCGCGCGGCUCGAGGAGGCCACUGCGGGCGGCGGCGGCGGGGGCGUGGACGCGCGGGCGGCCGCCAAGCUGCUGGUUCAGUAUGUUGAGAGGGGCCACAGCGGAGAGGCGCUGGCGCUGCUGGCGUCGACGCUGGGACUCGGGGAGGACGAGAGGGCGCGGCUGGGCGCGGCGGCGGCGGCGUGGGACCAGGGCGGCGGCCGCGCGACGAGCGCGGGCGCGGCCGCGUAUGAUGAUGAGGGGCGCCGCCUUGGCCAGCAGCAGCGCCGCGGCGGGCUGCUGCGCUCCGUGGUCGGCGCGCCGUUCGCCCUCGUCCGCACUCUGGCGGGCGGCGGCGGGGGCGGGGGCGGUGGCGGUGCUGCGCGGCCGGCGCAGUCCGCGCCCGCGAAUGAGAGCCUUGCGGACGUGUGGGCGCGGUUCCUUUUGGAGCAGGAGGACACCGCCUCGUCAGCGCCACGCAAGGCGGGUGUGGCCCCAGACGACAUGUCGGCCGCCUCGCGGCUCGCCGCGGCGGGGCGCGCGCUCUCGGGCACCGGCGAGGCCGAGGCCGCCGGCAACGGCGCGGGCGCCGGGCCGUACGGCGCGGCGCAGCCGUCAUCGAGCGCAGCGUUGCCUUACGGGGGUGCGGCUGCAGAGAGCCUUCAGCCGCAGCAGCAGCAGCAGCAGCAGCAGCAGCAGCAGCAGUGGGGCGGGCUGGGCGCCGGCGCGUCCCAGUACGCGUCCCACUACGCCGCCAGCCCUCCCUCUUACGGCGGCUACACGUCCGCGCCUGCAUCUGCGGCGGCGGGCGGGAUGACGGCUCCAUCCUACCUUGGAGCUGGCAGCGCGCCCGCGGACUACAGCAGCGGCCUAGGAGGCACCGGCGCCGUCGGCCUGCCUUCGUCGUCUUAUGGCGCAGCAGCUGCCGACUACGCGCCGCCCGGCUCCGCGGCGGCGCUCAUGGGCAGCGUCACAGGCGGCGCGGGCGCAGGGGCGGGGCCCAGCAGCUCGUCGUACGCCGGCCUUGGUGGGGACCUGGGUAGCCUGGGCGGGUUCGCGGGAGGGGCCGGCCUGACGAGCACCGGCCCAGGCUCCUCCAGUGCGUACGGCCUGCCGAGCGCCCCCGCGGUGGGAGGAGCGGGCGCCCCAACCGGAGCUGGCGGGGCGGGCGCGAGCGGGGUGUCUGCGAUAUCGUCGAUCCUCGCGGGGGCGUCGGCCGCCGACCGCUUCAGCAGCCUGCUGGCACCCACCCCUGGCGUGGGCGGCGCGGCGGCCAGCGGCGCCGGCGGCGGGGCCGGCGGGUACUACUCGUCCUAUGGACUCCCUGCAGCUGCAUUUGGGAUGUCUCCGCCCAUUGCGACCCUGUCGCUGGCCAGGCGUUUCUUUGGUCUGAUAGAGAAUUACCCCCUGUACGUGAUGGUCGGCAUCGCCUGCGGGCUGGGUGUCUACACGCCAAUCCGCCACCGUGUCACAGCAUCUGACGUGGCGCUUGAUCGCAGGGCGCGCGACUACGCCGACGACCUGGCAGCCAACCCCCGAACCCUGGAGCGCGCCACGCGCUACGAGACCGGCAUCCUCGCCAGGGCGGCCGCUGUCAGGAAAUGGCCGGAGGUCUGGUCGCUGCCGCCGGGCACCGACCCCGAGCACCACUUCACCACAACGCGGUGGCCCCAGCCGCGCACGUUCGAGCUGCCCCAGAGCACUGCGGCUGACGUGGCGCUGGACCGCAAGUCGCGCGACUGCAUGGACGACCUGGGCGCCAGCGAGCGCGUCUUGGACAAGGCCAGCCACUACGAGGGCGGCAUCCUUGGCGCGGUGGCCUCCAUCAAGAACUGGCCGCAGGUCUGGGCGCUGCCCAAGCACGUCGACCCCCAUGCACACUUCCACCACGAGCGCUGGCCCGCACCCCGCCCCUUCACAGUGCCCGCACCCGCUGAGUGA